UUGGCACUGCAGCGCGCGUCGCACAGCGUAUAUAAGGCAGGCGCAGUGCUGCUCCUGACAUUCGCUCUCUUACGGCUUUCUUCACCAUGAGGAUUAUUGUGUGUGUGCUUCUCGCAGCUGGGGUGGCUUCAGCCCAAACAGCCCAGGACACUGCUGGUGCUGACCCUGCUGCAGCUGCUCCUAGUGCAGCCCCAGCUGCUCCUAGUGCAGCCCCAGCUGCAGCUGGACUCGCCCCCGGACAACAGAACUUAGGACCAGCCUUCUACGGCCCAGGGCUCAACAACCCCUUGGCCGUUCCUCUCAACCCGUUAGUGGCACAACAGGCACAGCGGAUCGCCGCCACAAACCCUAACAUCCGAGUGUUCGUAGAUAUUGAUGGUACAGCACACUUCACCGACCAGUUCGGACGAGAGGUUGAAGAGAUUUUGGACGAAUUCGGCCGCGAUGUAUCUGAACUUCUGGACGUCCAGGAACAGCAAGAACAACUUCUUAAGGCCCGCCAGCAAGAACUCCAACGUCGUCGCCAGCUGCUCGAGCUGCAGCUGAUCCGGGAUUUCAACACUAACCCUGCAGCUUUCGACCCAACCACUGGACUAGGCGCCGGUGCUGCUGGUGGUGUUGGAGGAACUGCCGGAGCACAGCCAGGCCUCAGGGUCACUGUGUAAACAUACAGACGAACGAUCCAUCCAUCACCAAGGACGUAGUUACCACCUGCGUACCCUUGGCCUCCUACCAACCUUGUUCCAUAUUUACUGAUACUCCAAUUCACAUGAUACCCCACUCACUCGAUACUCUACGGCCUAGAUGCAGUAUCCUGCCUACCUGCCUAUUGCUUGGUCCUCCCAUCACUCGACCACUUCUGCAGCUUAAUUCUGCCAGCUUCUUUCUUAUCUCUUUAUGUCUCCCUCCAAGCCACCUGAUCUUGUUUGCUUGUCAUUUAACCCCUACUUCCCGAUUAGCACUCGCUCCUUUCUAUCUCCUGAUCCUGAUAUUCUUAUAGCUACUCACCCCUUUGCAUUCUCACUAACCCGCCUUCUUUCAAGGUGUUCCAGACGUCCUGUUACAUUCAUUUCGGCAAACAACUCCAGGCUGUAAAAUUAUUUGCCCCGCCCAGCACCGUACCUCAGCGCUGCACGACCUGUAGCCUCAGGACCCCAGCGCUGCACGACCCGUAGCCCCAGUGCGCACCAGUACACAUGUUGAGAACAAUAAGCGUGUUUAAGGUCAAGGUUAGCUUGACACUUGUAUAACUUAUUUAAUAAAAAUAUAAGAAAC